CACCUCAUAACUGUUUAAAAUUCGUUCAAUUGGGUUUUAAACCGUCCAAACAGAAUUUUUCUUCAGUGGAACUUGUGGGUUAUUGCCUUCAAAAUUGUGUGUAUUUAAUACCCACUGUGUGCAUUUAUUACUGAUAUGGAAAACCUAGCUGCUGAGUAACUUUGCUUUAGUAUGUAAAGUCCGAUAGCACAAGCUUCCGUUGAAGUCUGCGCGUAAUUUUGUAAACAAAAACUCAGCUGUGCCCGGUUCCGGAUAUCGAAUAUCCAUCAGUUAUUUUAAAAUAGUUUUAAAUAUGUUCCUUUUCGCAUUAGUUUUUUGAAAUGAUGUUCAAGUUCUAUAUCGUAGAUUACACUUCAACUGUUGAGCAAUACAGAAUUAUCAGAAAUGGUCUUAAGAAGCGCACCCAAGACGAUUCUGUAGAACUUAGAGUUUAUAAAAAGGAAAAAGUCCUGACCGUUGAUACUCUUCAACUGAACCGGUUCCUGGUGAAUCUUUACUGUUUCAUCGGCUUCCGCCUAAAAGUUGCACAAUUUCUCAAAGAAAUAGAACAACAUGAGCAGUAUCUGGCCAUACGCACCGCUCCCCCAUCGAGAGAACCCCUCGAUUACAAAUGGGGAGAACGAGCCAAUCGCAUGAUGUGGGAAAGAAUAGAAUUGGAUGAAAUGAUGUCCUGGUUGUCGACAUUAGGGGGCGCGUUUUCUGCUUUAGGAGACUACAAACUGGCGUGUGCAGACGUAGCUGGGCGCAUAUCGAUUCAACAAAUGCAACUUGCCAAGCGCUUAGGUGAACCAACAGUGAUAGAACGUUGUCGGCUGUACAUGGCGAUAGCAAUGAUUCAAAAGUACAACUUUGCCGGCGCCAAAGAGCUGGUUCAGCAGGUUUACCGGAAGGCCAAGCGAGAGACCGAACCGGACACACGGUUACUGAAAAUGUGCCUUGGGAUUUGGUCCAAGCUAAGCUACGAGUACGAUCUCUACCAGCGACGGCUAAAUCGCCCCAAAAUUUAGAACCAAAAAAUUCUGUGCUUCGCAUAAGUCGAUUUUCAAAAUACAUAGAAGGAAGUGAUAUAGUAACAGUUUGAGUUUAUGUAAGAAAAGAAAACAAUCAAUGAUUACAAUAUCAAUAUCGUAUUACACAUGAAUUUUAUUUUCUUUAUAUCAAAAAAUGUUAUUUAAACCAUUUUCUUCUACAUUGCCACAUACUUUUUUUUGUUUCAAUAGGUACAAAGAGCGAAUAAUAAAUUAUUAAUUACCUCGUUGCAACAUGAGCCAUUCCGGUGGCAGAAACUCCUGAUCUUCGAUUCCUUCUGAACGGAAAGAAGAGCUCCACUAGGAUGUUGGUUUCUCAUAUAACGACUAGAGAACAUCCAAAUGCCGGUCAAAGGUCAAAGGUUUUGAACAUGUUUUAACAAAAUUAAAUCGUUACUAAUGAGCGAUAAUUUUACACAAAUAAACUUCUCAUCCAGGAAAACAUGAAAGUAGAAGAUUUCCGCAGCAACGGUAA